AUGACCUCUACCCUCACCAUCCAACCUACCCGCAUCCCUGUCACCGUCAUCCACUCUCCAGACAUGCCUUCCGCUUCCAAAGUUUCCGAACGCCCAUACACAUGGCCCGAGGUCAAGGAUAUUGUCAGAUACAACGACCUUGAUGCCUACUUGGCUUUCAAGAGAUUGUUGAAGCAGCAGAAUCUGACUGUGUUUAGGCACAUUGUCACCCAGACUUUGGGCUGGAGACGCUUGGAGGAGUUGGACGGCGUCAAGGACGACAAGAUCACUGUUGAAGCUUCCGGAGAUCCCAUCUUCACCAACCCGGAUGACCUCAAGAUCGUCAGAAAUGACUUUCCCUACUAUUUCGAAGACGACGUCACACAUCUCUGUGUGUGGACCAAGAAAAAAAUUGAGAGUGAUCCAAACUCUUCCAUUGGUGACCUCUCGCAGGAGACUAGAAACAUUAUAGAGCGCUACGUGGACCAGACGUUUAACUUGGUAUGGUUCCGUAACUGGGAAGCCCUCCAGAGCGUCAAGGAGAUCAGCCACGUCCACGUGGUGGUCAAGGGCAUGACUAGAGAGCAGGUUGCUCAGGUAUUGGGCACUCCUGGCAUUCCUUUGAAAGCAUAG